UGCAGCGCCACAUUGAAUCUUUGAUUACUGCAUUCUUAGUCACCUGCUGAGUUCUUGACUCAGGUUGCGGAAGUGGGAGACAGGGUUUGGUCUACCUAGAAUACGGAUUGUCAAUGUGCCAUUUCUAUAAUGGAACCAACUAUUUUGGAUCAGGGUUGUUCACUCUGUGAUGUAACUUGUCGAAAUGGUAGAGUGGUGACACAGGUUGGUGACAGGUGUUCGGCUGGUCAGCAACUCCUGUGUGUUGUGGUCAAUGUAACAGACAGUACGAACAACACAUCCAGCGUCACCAUGGGCCAGGACAGAGGGAAGUAUGAUUUCUACAUCGGCCUGGGACUAGCCAUCAGCUCCAGCAUCUUCAUAGGAGGAAGCUUCAUUCUCAAGAAGAAAGGACUACUCCGCCUGGCCAGGAAGGGACAGUGUAGGGCAGGACAAGGUGGACACGCAUAUCUUAAAGAAUGUCUCUGGUGGGCUGGCUUAUUAUCAAUGGCGGCUGGAGAAGGGGCGAACUUUGCAGCGUAUGCCUUUGCUCCUGCUACGCUCGUCACCCCUCUGGGGGCCCUCAGUGUGCUGGUCAGUGCGGUGCUGUCCUCGUACUUCCUGACCGAGCGUCUGAACCUGCACGGGAAGCUGGGCUGUCUGCUCAGUAUCUUGGGCUCUACUACCAUGGUGAUCCACGCCCCUCAGGAGGAAGAGAUCAACAGUCUGGACCACAUGGCUCGGAAACUGGUGGACCCAGGUUUCCUGGUGUUUGCCACCUUCAUCAUCAUCGUAGCGCUCAUCUUCAUCUUGGUGGUGGGCCCUCGGCACGGCCAGACCAACAUCAUGGUGUAUAUUACCAUCUGCUCUGUGAUAGGAGCUCUGUCGGUGUCGUGUGUGAAGGGGUUGGGCAUUGCCAUCAAAGAGGCCAUAGCUGGGAGGCCCGUGGUGGGGAACCCUUUAGCCUGGGUGUUACUGCUCGGGCUGGUGGCCUGCGUCUCCACUCAGAUCAACUACCUGAACAAGGCUCUGGAUAUCUUCAACACCUCCCUGGUCACACCCAUCUACUACGUGUUCUUCACCACCUCAGUCCUCUCCUGCUCUGCCAUCCUCUUCAAGGAGUGGGAGCACAUGGCUACUGCUGAUGUUAUCGGGACUCUGAGUGGGUUCCUGACCAUUAUAGUUGGUAUCUUUCUGCUCCAUGCCUUUAAGGACCUUAGUGUGAGCCUGUCCACGCUGGCGGUGUCCAUCAGGAAGGACGAGAGGCCCGGGCCGGCAGCUAACGGAGUGGCAACACACGGCAGCUACGAACUGCUGCGCAAUGACUCCACAGACAUGAACCUGGAGGAGAGGGAGGUGGGCCUGCCGUUUGACAGCCUGUCUAGGAGGAAUGGUACCAUGACAGCCUCUUAGAGGACCUAGCAAGCAGACCCCCCUCCUACUGACAGCCUCU